GAAGAACUACCCACUGGACUAAUCUCGACAGAUUCUGGUCAUUGCAAUGCCACGCAAAGAGAUACGUCUGGUGACCGAUUGGCUCUACAGCACCAGCCCUUGCUCCAGCUUGACAGACUUGCUCGACUCUACGUGUCCACAGCCCGUUCGUCCACUUCCACUGGCAUGGUCUGCACUGGCAACAAUGGACCCUCAGUGGAGGAAGGCAUGCGGAACUCUAAUAAUGAGGAAUGUGGUAUAGAAAAACAGGAGCUAUCUUCAAGACACGAUUCAUCAGAAAAGGAGGUUGAUAUGGAUAGUGCAACAGACGAUGAUGGAGAAACACCUCUCAUGGACUGCCUCCCUCCAAAUAGUCACUCCACCUAUCGGCCUGGCCUGCUUGACUUCCGACAAGCACUUCGAUUGGCUGACCUUCUGCCUGAUUUAGCGCGCCUAUCGCCCGCUUUUGAGAUCACUCGUCCAGAGGCUGAGACCAGCCUCCUCAUCGGUGCAGGCUCUGAAUCAACCAGAUCCCUUACGGCUACCCUCACUGGCGGAGGGGCUGAAUCCCAUCCAGGCCUCACGAGGAUACAUGAAUCUUCGAUGAAUAUUCAGCAUAACCUCCGUCGACAUAUAUUCUGUCAGGCCCUUCGAAUGGAUGAGUGA